UAUCAUUUUCCCAAUUCGUUAUUCAAAGUUCUAACUACUGAGUACUGACCAGUGAAAAGACAGCCAAAGACAACACUCCUUGCUCUCUCCACCAAAUUCCCAUCUUUCUGUGUCUCCGGCCACCCCAUGACGACGGCUUCCAAGAACCAUCACAACCAUAAUCAUCAACCCUCAUCUUCCCGUCCACCCAAAAACCCUAACCCUAACACCUCCACAACAACAUUGACUAAUUUCCCAAACCCCAACAAUAACCCUAAUCCUAAUUCCUCUACUAUUACUACUAGUACCCAUUCGCCACAAGUUGUUCUCUCUCAACAGGACCAAUAUCUCUCACGCGCCACCCACCUGACUCGCCAGGAACUCCUAAAGCGCCGAGCUUUCAACCUUAAACAGCUCUCAAAGUGUUACAGGGACUAUUACUGGGCUCUAAUGGAAGACCUAAAAGUACAGUAUAGAGAGUACUACUGGAAGUAUGGUGUGAGCCCAUUUAAAGACGAUCACCCUUCACUACUACAACGACAACAAAAGGCAGAGCAUGGUGUAGAGAGAGAAAGUGGAGAGAGAGAAGGUGGUGGAAAUACUGUAAAUAAUGAAGUGAUUGGGGAAAAUAAUAAUAAUGGAGUGAAGGGUGGUUUUGGAGGUGAUUUGGAAAUGAAGAGUAAUAACAGUAAUAACAAUAAUAGGUGUUUAUUUGUUGGGUGUAAGUUGAAGGCUAUGGCUUUGACUAGUUUUUGUCAUCUUCAUAUUCUUUCCGAUGCGAAGCAGAAGCUCUAUAAGCCUUGUGGUUAUGUUAUCAAGAGUGCUCAGGCAGGACCCAUAACAUGUGGAAAGCCGAUACUGAGAUCAAGUGCUCCUUCUCUCUGCACUGUACAUUUUCAAAAGGCUCAAAAGCAUGUAACCCGGGCUUUAAAGAAAGCAGGUCUUAAUGUUUCCUCAUCAAGUAAACUUGCUCCUAAGUUCCAUGUCAUAGUGGCAGAAUAUGUACGUCAAAUUCAAGCCAGAAGAAAAGCUACUAGAAGGGCAAAUAGAAUUAAAGGUUCAGAUAAGGAUAAGGACGGUAGUGCUAGCUAAGCCAUUUUGUCAUUGUGGACAUGACUGAUGUAACAUGCUUGGCAAUGUACAUUUUCGCUAGAACCCAAGGAUAUGUUUUUCCAGGUGAUGAUCUUGUUGCCACUGAAUGACAUGUUCCACGACUAGGAACUAGUACGAAGGUCUGUAAUAUGUGUAUUUGUAUAAUUGCAACUAGAAGAAAGCUGGAUGCCUUCAAUGUUGACUAAACACCAGCGUUUUUGGAUGUCUAUUAGAUGUUCUACCACAAGCCUUUGAACUCCGUAGCUUAUCCAAAAAAUGAAAAAGGGUUUCCUUUAUGCUUGUAGAGAUAUUGAAAGCCAGUAAAAAGUUUGUAUAGCUGUUCAGCUUCAAUUGAUGCAUGAUGCAUGUCCUGCCCACCAUUAAUGCGAGUGAGGUGGUCACAUUUUCAUGACCAUCCUUGGUUUGCCUAGGUUAUUAUGAUUCAGCACUAGCGUAGCCUCUUUAUAUAGUAUGGUGGUACAACAAAUUCGGCCUUGUAAUUUGGAAUAAUUAGCCUGCAAAGUUCUCCGGAUUGAUAGGAUAGGAUAGGAAAAUACUCAAGAGAAUGUAGCUCUUUAUUUUAACGAGCACCAUUUGUAUAACACCGACACUUCAACCUAAUACCUUUUGACUUCAAUAUUCCUUCCGCCGGACUAA